CUCAAUUUGUCUUGAGGGCUGGCUCAUUUUUGAAAAAAUAUGGUAAACCGAACCAUUGAGUUCGUGUCAUUUCUCGAUGCACUAGGUGUGGCUUUAGUGAUCACGCUAAUUCCAUUCUUCACGAAGGAAUUAGGCGUCGGAGCGUUUGGAUUUGGUGCUAUUACUAGUUUAUACGGAUUUUGCCAAAUUAUCGGCGGUUCUAUUAUUGGCUAUUUGUCCAAUGGGAUACUUUCUCGAAAGAUGAUUUUGCUUAUCAGUUCGAUCGGAUCGGGCGUUAGUUACGCCCUGUUGCUUAUUCGAGGAAGUAUCACAUCCUUAGUGGUUAGUCGUGUUCUAAUCGGUCUGAUUAAACAGUCAACGACCUCUUGCAAAGCACUUGCAAUGAUGAGCAAAGAUGAUCACAGUCCACAGCGCUUUUCCCUCAUUGCGGCCCUUCGCCACAUGGGUUCCUUUACGGGCUCGCUUCUUCUUUCGCUUAUCACAUCCCAUUUCCCUCUAGAGUACGCGAUUUUGCUGUGUGUCGUCCUCUACGUCAUCGAAUCGAUCGUGAUUAUUUGGUUUAUCGAUCCGGAUGACGAUUCUUUUUCUGUUGAUUCAUCCACAUCGGAAUUGAAUUCAAAUUCGAAUUCGAAUUCGAAUACAAAAUCUUCCUCUUCCCGAUAUGGACUGCAUCUCACUCCACUCCUUUUGCUCUAUUACGUUUACCUUUUUCUCAUUGAUGUGUUAAACAAGGGAUUCGGUUCCAUCAAAGCAUGCAUUGAAUCGUGUUCUAACCAUCAGAUCAUUCUUCUUCAAGAUCAAUUCGACGGCUCGCCCUCCCAGAUCGGUUUUCUCUACGUUCUCUCCAAUCUCUACAUGUUUCUCACCGAGUUCUUCAUCACUCCCUUCCUUUCCCGCCGUUUUUCCUCCCUUCGCCUCGUCCGCUUCUCCAUCCUCCUUCUCCUCAUCGGAAAACUCGCUCAGCUUCUCCUCUCUUCCUUGUAUUCCUUCCUUCCUUCCUUCUAUCCUCAUCUAGUUCGCAAUAUCUCCUUCUUUGCGUGCCUCUCAACACCAUCGGCGAGGAGAUUUUCGCCACGACCUUCGUUCAUCUCCUCGCGUCCAUCGCUCCACCGCGUUCUCUCAACGCUUCGCUCGCUUAUUACGACGUCGUCGAAUCGCUCUGCAGACUCGUGGGACCCGUUUUGCUUGGACGCCUCGCUGCGCAGCUGGGUGCGACGGGAUGCGUUUUGUUGCUGA